CACCCCACUUCUCCUCUAGGUUCUGUUGCUGGCACCUUGCUAGCCCUCCGGAGAGACCGUCUUGUUGCUUUCCCUGUCCACCCUCUCCCAUCCUUCUUCCAGAGAAGGGGGCCAACCGGAAGGCUGCUCAUGCUAGGAAGUUCCACCCACGUGAGAAAGCAAGAGCCAGGGAUUCUGGGCAGCCCAUGGCUUUAGGAGAAACUGAAACUGGGUGUGCUGGGGGAGGAGUGGUCACUGGGGAUUUAAGGAGCCACCACUUCCUUGGGCCUCAUAGGGCACUGGGAGGGGACAGCUGCUUAGGGGACACCCAGGACCGGACUGAACCUCUGUUCCCCUUGCCUAAGCCAUGCAACUCUGUGGGAGUGGAGUGCUGCUGACUGGGACAGCAGCUGCCCCACUUCAGUGUGAGCAUGGAGACUUGUAGACCUCUUCUGUGCCAGGCAGAUACUCUUCAGGACCUCGAGGAGUCUCAGAAACAGCUGAAGAAGAAGCAGAAGAACCGGUUGGCUGCCCAGCGCAGCCGGCAGAAGCACACCAGUAAGGCGGAUGCUCUACACCAGCACGAGUCCUUGGAGAAACAAAACCACGCCCUUCGGAAGGAGAUCCAGGCCUUGCAGUCUGAGCUGGCAAGAUGGGGCCGGACACUGCAUCUGCAUGAACGACUGUGCGGAGUGGGCUGUGGUCCAUGCCCUGCUCUGCUGCCCUCUGGAUGCCCAGUCCAGGCCAAGCAACUCUCAGGACAACCUGCCCCUCAUGGAUACCAUGGCUGCCAGGAACAACUGUUCCAGACUCCUGGCUCCUCUCCCCGAGCCCAGCAGCUCUCUCCAGGCCCAUGCUAUCAUGAGUCUCCUGGCCUCCUCCCUUUCCCCCUGCCCUCACUGUCCUCGGACCCUCUCAUGGUGAGGACACCUCUAGCCCAGCUAUCCCCCAGCCCUGCCCUGUCUGCAUUAUCAUCUGGUUCCAGCCGGCUGGGGUCUUUCUCUAAGUUUGAUGCCCUCAUACCCAGUCCCCCAGACCAGCUGGUCUCUCCACAGCGCCUCAGGCUGGAGCAGCCCACCAGUGGGAGGCUGGCAUCCUCCGACUCUCCAGCUGCUCUAGGACCAGAGCGUCCACAGAACGGAGAGCAUUUGCCUACACAGUCUGGCUCCCCGACUCAUUGGCAGAAGUCACCUGUGGACCCUAGCCCACAAGCCCUCACAGCCUUCCCCCUGCUCUCUUCUGCAAAAGUCCACUUCUAGCCUAUGUCUAGAGAGGGGCUGCCUUACCUGGGUUCCUGAGGUAGCCUGAGCACCCAAGCAGCUCCUCCAUUUCCAUUCUUCCUGAGUUACUACUGAGUGCCUGCCUACCACUGUGGACCACACAAAGCCAUCCUGCCCCUCACCACCACAAAGGAUGAUGGGAGGACCAAGUGCAAGAACCUUGAACCUGACUGGAGCACGGUCUGUGUCCUUGGCAGCAUUCCCAACUCUGCACAGUACCUGUACACUACCGUCGGGCUCUCCCAAAAUGGCUCCUUCAUGUCUCUUGGGACUACUGGGGCCAUGACAGCUAGGAGAGUAAGUAAGAUCUCUGAAAGGGUGGUCAUUCACAGCAGCCCCAAGUGCCUUGAGCUCUUCACCAGGUUUUCACACAUGGAACUGAGUGAGACGGUGUGUCAGAAGUGGACCCACUCCUGCAUCAGAGCACACAUCUCGGCACAUAGGAUGGUAAAUACAGUUUUCCCCACCUCUUUGCUUUGCCAGGUUGUUGGAGACUGGUUACACUCUUGGCUUAAAAAAUAUGUAUAUAUAUAUAUAUAUAUAUAUAUAUGUACAAACGAAC